CAAGAAACCGAAGCCUGGAGUCAGGCCCGGGAAAACUUGCCCAGAACCGCUCAGUUGGGAAGCGCCUCACUUCCGGGCUUCCUCGAUGGCGAUCCCGGGCGAUGGCCCGGCCUGGCUCACGCCUGUCUCUUGCUUUGGGCACAGGCACCGAAGGGGGCCCUUCCCACCGCCGGCGCUCCAGACGAGGUGACGUUUGAGGAUGUGGCCGUCGGCUUCUCAGCGGAGGAGUGGUCCCUGCUCGAAGGCAGCCAGAGGGACCUGCAUCAGGAAGUGAUGCUGGAGAUGCGCUCUUUGCUGCUUUCGCUGGGUCAUUCUGUCCCCACCCUGGACUUUUCCUCCUUGAUCUGCCAGCCAGAAGGGACCGCUGAGAGCCCCAGCCCCGCCUGGGGAAGAAGGCUGCCUUUUGCUGCAGGAAGGGACAAAGCCCAUUGUAAGGAGCCCCUUUCUGCAAUGGGACAGACUAGUGAAACAGAGAGGCUGCAGACAGGAUCCCAUGGGGGUGUGUGUGAUGCGCUUGACUCUUUGAGCGCUGCUGAAGUACAUCUUCUCGCUAAAAGUGAAGAGCCCCCUUUUUCAGAAGACGUGGAACGACUCUGGAAGCUGGAACAGGACCCGGCAGAGGAGCACCUGACCGCAGCCAGCAGUGGGGAGGGGAGGGACCAAAGCAGCCACCAUCUUUGUGCCCUCAUGAAGCUGGUGAAGGAAAUCCCAGAGUUCCUCUGUGGGCACGCCAACGCAAGCCUGGACCGAAUCACGCCUGCUGGGGGUAGUGAAGGCAGCGGGCACGCUGGUCCUGCGGUGCAGAUGAAGAGCCCCCCCUGCUUUAGCCGGCAAGGAGCCUUGGCAGGCUUGGUCUCCCUGAGCCUCUCCAGCCGGCCUGGCACCCCGACCAGCAGCACCGAGGGAGAAUGGCCGGAGCCCAGCAGGCGAGGCACGCUGGCCCCCUGCGCCGCUCAGGGACUUAAGGGAGCAGACGUGGCGACCCACGCAGAGCCGGCUGCUGAGGAGAACCUGGCCAAAGGGCAGCUUGAGGGCGAAGAUGGAGUUUUCCCGCAGCGGCCUCGUGUCUCAACAGAGUUGAAGGGCAGCCCGCAGACUGACCCAAGGCUGCAGCUCUGCCCCACAGACGCCGACGGGACGGCCGGCGAAACCACAGAGAGGACGCUGGCCUCUAAAGGCCGGACAGGAGGCAGAGACCAGCAGGACGGGGCUGUUCCUCUCUCAGCCACAGAUCGGGACCGGGAUCAAGCCCCGACAGGAGCUGGAGAGCGUUCCCUGGAAGAUCUGCCUCCUGCAGGUCUUGGCUGUCUGGACCGGGCUGGUUCCUGGAGGGAAGGAGGGGCAGACGGGCCUGUUUCCCCUGGCGCUUCGCGGAGCAUCUCUUGGCCUGGCAGCGGAUCUGAGGAGGGGAAGACGGUGCCCGAGGCAGCGGCUGAGCGAGAAGCUCCAAGCAGCGCUUGCAAGGCUUCACCGAAGUUGGUGCCAGAAGCCACGGCAGACGAGAAACCACUCCAGGGGUUGCUGAAGUGCCUGAAGGAGCUGAUUAUCCUGCAGCCCUGCCCUGCCCACCCAGCACCCCGCAAGCCUUCCACAGGGAGCCGGCAGCAGGUCCCCGGGGGCCGGCAAAGGGAAGGCAGGAGCAGCUCACUGCCCGUCCAAGUUAAGACGGAAGCUUCCACAGAAGAGCCGGGGGUCUGCCCCCCGAGAGAAGGAUCCGGCCCUCCUGCUGCAUCUUGGGGGCACACUUCCCCCUCCCCGGCUGAAGCGAGCAGGAGAGCGAAUUCCCCAGGCCGGAAGGAGGGCGCCCGCUUUCCUGCAGUCAAGACGGAGCAGGUGGCCAGCAGCCCCCCAGGUCAGGACCCGGAGAGAGCCACCGGUUUUGCCGUUGUCCAUGCAGGCGGAAGCGGGGAGGGGGCCCCGGACGGACCCGGCACCCCGGCUGUUCGCGUUAAAUCCGAGGCGGCGGCCGAGGAAGAGCCCCCCCUGCAAGGCCGGAAGGACGUCGUGGAAGAGAAGGGCUGCCCCCACUUUGGCCUUCCGAGGAGUGGCUUGUCUCUCGGGGCCAGAGAAUCCGGGUCCAAGCUGGGGCUCUGGGUCCCGUAUUCGGCCGACUGGAGCCCAGCUACCAGCCCUCUCCACGGGUUGCUGAACUGCUUGAAGGACAUCCCCGUCCCCAGACCGCUUCCUUCCAAAGUCUUGGCGGGCAAGAGAGGAGCAGCGGGGGAGAAGGAGAGGCGAAAAGGGGGAAGAAGAGGAAGGAUCGGCCCACCUCCCGGUGCUUUUCUUCCACAAGGACCAGAAGCUGGCCUCGGGGAAAAGCCAGCUCAGCAGCCUCUCCUGCCCCUUGGAUAUACCAACGGCACCCGUGGGAGAGACCCGGGAUGGCAGAAGUUGGAGACCACGAUGGUGCAAGAAGGUCUUGGCAUCCCUUUGCAAGGCCAGGAGGGGGACCUGAAGCAGCGUCUUCCGAGCGCACAGAUGCAGCCCUGUUCCCCCGCCGUCAGCUCUUCUAUCAGCAGCUCCCCAGACAGGCUUCCCUGGUGGACUCCAGAGCACAGCAAAUGGAGGAGGAAGGAAGAUGAGCUUGGCCAGGCCCACAGUCCUUUGCAGAGUCUCAGGAGGGGCUUGAAGGAGCGCCCAUUGAGUUUGCACAGCCAGGCCUCUUCGCCAGCCACCAGCAGCUCCCCCGACGGGCUCCAAAGGUGGACGCCAGAGCCAACACAAUGGGCCAGGAGAGAGGAAGGACUCGGUCAAAAUAGCACCCCCCUGCAAGGCCUGGAGAAGUGCUUGAAGGACAUUCAGAACCAGCGAUGGUCGCCAGCCGUCAGCUCCUCCCUCAGCAGCUCCCCAGACCGACUCCGCCAGUGGACACCAGAGCCGGUGCAAUGGGCCAGAAAGGAGGAAGGAGCAAGUCCCCUGGGGAUCCCACCCCUUCAGGGCCUGGAGAAUUGCCUGAAAGAGAUUGCCCGCAGCAGAGACUUCCUUCCAGACGCCAGCCCUGCAGGGCGCAGCGUCUGUGCUCAGAAACAGCAGGGAACAGAGGCCGAAUCACCGAGACCCUGGCCAGGAGAGAGCCUUCUGCAACAGUGUGCCCCGAGCAUCUCUGCUUCCACAUCCAUGGAAGCAGCUGCCGAAAAUUCUCCCCUCCACAGGCUGAUGAACUGCCUGAAGGAAAUCCCCACGCAAAGGCCAAGUUAUCUCAACACACCAAGUGUGUCGUCAGCAUCGUCAUCCUCCUCCUCCUCCUCCUCUUCCUCCUCCUCCAGCUGCAGUGAAACUGAAAGGGACCAGCAAAGCCCAGGAAGUACAGCGUGGUGGGACUGCAGCCAAGACAUGUUCCAAGGAUCCGAGAUGGAUGCCCUUGUGGGAGAGAAGGUGACGAUGGAGUCCAAGAGGAAGCAUCCAUCCGUUCACCAUCCUCCAGAAGAGGAAGAGAGGUUGCCCUCCACACAAGAGUCCAAGUUUGUUGAUGUGGGUGAUAAGGCACCCUCUGCCUCCCUGCUUGGCAACCUGGAGAAUGAUGCGAAGGACACGGUGGUCAAACAGAUGCUUUCCUCCAGGGACCCUCCUCUUUGCUCCAGAGCUCAGCAGGAUGCGACAUCCGGGGCAUCCGAACCAAGGGAUGAUGGGGCACCUUCUGCACCUCUUGCAGACAAGAUCUUUACCCACGAGCUGCAGAAAGGCCCAAGAGACCUAGCACUGGUCCAGACCCCAACGUGUUCCAGCAUGCCAGCCCCCGAGUCCCCUGAUAGGACGCCCGAAGGUGGCACAGACUGGAGUCUGGCGGAAGCACAGGUCCAGCCGCAGCCUGGCCCUAAAGAGGGGGGGACAGAGAGCAGCCCCCUCCAGGGCCUGCUCAGGUGCCUCAAGGAGAUCACUUACGGGAGCACCAGCCCCUGCAGCCCUCCGGCCAGGAAGAGGCCCAGAGAGUUGAGGCAUGGGCAGCCGCAGCCGGAGGAGGAAGCGGCUGAUUCCAAAAAGAAGUCCUGGGAAGGAGCUGUGCCCUCAAGCCCUGCAGUCUGUGGCGUGGAAACGUGCCCCCAGCGGAAUGGCCAUGCAUGCCCACUGAGCACAAGGUCCUCUGCGCACAAGCGGGACCCUCCAGGGAGGAGCAACUCUGCCUCGCUCAGGACGGGAACCAAGAGAGCGCCCGCAGCGGGUGAGGCGAGAGACUGAAUGCAAGCGGGGA